AUGAGCCGCACCCGGGGCAUGGAUUGCGUGGGGAUGGACACUUUUCGCGGAACUACGGGGCUAAACGUCACCUCCUCCAGCCGCAUCUCCUUAUACAGCAAGAACGGCGGCAACGUGACACUUGAUAACACAGAGGUGGUGCUACGUGUGGAAAGCCCCAUCAGCGGCGACCUCCUCGUGGCGCCUGUUGCCAAAAACAAGUCGGGAGUACGUGACCCCGUCUCCGGGACGCCCAUGCGCUACGAGGGUGACUCGGCCAUUCUGCAGACGCCAGGAGCAGCCAACCAGUUCAUGCGCACACGCAAAUUUUACAUUGACAAGGACAUUGAUGUCACGAUCCAGACGCUACGGAAUACGACCAAGGUCAACCGAAACACCAACGAGAAGGUGGGCACUGCGGGGACGCCCACUGGCAUGGACCCGGCGUUGCUCUUUUACCAAGGCCGGCGGUAA